GAGAGAGCGCAUGCGCGAGGAGGACGGAGGGGGAGCUGUUGAGGGACAGCGCGCAUGCGCGCCCACUCAGAGCGGCGCAUGCCAGGCUGCCCCUUUCCUCUGCCCCCCCGCUACGCAUGCGCCGAAGAGAGCGAAAGAGGCGACGGCGGAGGGAGGAAAUCUGCGGCGGGAGUGUGGGCGCAUGCGCACAAGCAGUGUGGGGGGGGGGAGGCGCCUGCGCAGCGAGUGGCUCCGCCGGCGCCUCCGCGCCUGCGCCGCAGACACCGCGGCCACAUGGAGGCGGAAGCGCCGGCCGAGCCGGUGUGGGCGUGCGGCCAUUUCCCAAAAUGGCGGCGGCGGCGCUGCAGGGGCUGCUGGUCCCGCACCUGCUUCCCGAGCGCUGCUACGACGAGCUGUUCCUGCGCUUCAACCUGCUGCACGUUCCCUGCCUGAAGAUCCUGAUCAGCAAAGGGCUGGGAAUCGCCAUCGUUGCGGGGUCGCUGAUGGUGAAGCUGCCCCAGGUGUUUAAGAUCCUGGGGGCGAAGAGCGCCGUGGGGCUCAGUUUCCACUCUAUCCUGCUGGAGCUGCUGGCCCUCACGGGCACCAUGGUCUACAGCAUGGCCAAUGGUUUCCCCUUCAGGUAUCUCCUUCCUGUUGCUGUAUUUUGCUCUGCUCUGCCUGCUGCUCUCCCCCCUCACCCCCCAGGCCGUGGUCACCCUCCUGCAAGCCACCAAUGUGCCCGCCAUCGUCAUCAGCCGGGAGACGGGCGACCCCCUGAUGGCUCUGACCUACGUGGUCUCCUCCAUCUGCAACGGCGUCAUCGCGGGCCAGCUCCUGUAUUAUUGGCACGUGCCGGCCAGCAUGGAGGCCAGGAAGAAGCGGGAAUAGGGGGGGACGGACCCCCAGACUCUGACCAUGGCCCCUCACUGCCAUCUGAGCCAUAUCGAGGUGUGGGUCAGGGGCACCCACUCAGCCCUGCCCUCCCUCAGCCCGGAGUAACCCCCGUCUCCCCAGCUGGGCUCCGGCAGGGAGGGGGAAGCUGGGGGGGGGGUAGGUCUCUAAUUAAACACUGAUUUGCCAUGAGCUCCUGGCUUUGCCCAUAUGGGGGGGAUUUCUGGGACUCCCUGCUGCAGGGGCAGGGAAGGACAGAGGGUGGAAUUGGAAUGGAGGGGGGGCAGGCAUGGAAACUCCCAACCCCUCCUCCCCUGCCCCCCCUUGCACCUAACGAGCUCAGUGCUAAUCGGGCCAAUUACUCACCACCAUUCUGCUUCCCUGCCCUCCCCCCCACCCCCGCUGGGAACCGGGCACGGGUUCUGGGAGGGGAGUGGGGGCCGGAUGCCUGGGUUCUCUCCCUGGCUCUGGGAGGGGAGUGGGGGGCUGGCUGAGCCCUGGGCUCCCCCUUCUACUGCCCCCCUCCGGGCAGCUUUCCCUGGGUGAUUCACCCCUUCGUGUCAGAACAGGCGGGGGCCCGGGCCCUUCCCUGGUUACCGUGGCAACUGGGUGGGGUGAUGGCAGGCGCUGGUGUUGUAGCCGGGAGAGAAGACAGUUACUGGGGCAACGGCGCCAUCGCCUCCCACCCCCCCAUUCCCUGGCACAUAGGGGGUUAACUCUUUAGCUCCUCUCGGAGUAGCUGGGAACCGUGGGGGCUGCGGGUCGGGAGCUGGGGUCACCGGCGGAGCUG